ACAAAUACCAAAAUAUUGCCACCCACAGUACUUCUGAACAACGAAAAAGGGAGUUUUGGUGUGUUAUCAGCCGCAUCUUUUCAUCAUUGGAUGGAAAUGAUGUCUAGUGCUAAAGUAGAUGUUAUUUGGUCACCAGUGCAUCAUGACAAAUUCAUUGUUUGGGGCCCCGACAUAACCUUAUAUGAAGUCGCUCGUCUCAAAGAAAUCGAGAAGAAAACUACUUUUACACAGAUCUCCCCUACCCGGGGUGCCACGGUGGUAGCGUCGCAGAGCGCAAGCGGGGUGCGCUGCGUCGACAUCUGCGCCAUCACUGAGCAGCCGGACCCACUACUGGCCCUCGGACAUUCCAACGGCAAAGUUACACUCGCCACACUCAAGCAGACAUAUGAUCCAUUGGGUCUAGCUGGCAGGGAGUUUGUCCCCCGGUACACGCGUCCCUGCAACUCAGUGUCCUGGAGUCAAGUGGAGAGCAACCUGCUAGCGUCGGCACUUGAUAAGCACCGCAGUGACCACUGCAUCCUGCUGUGGGAUGUCAACCGGACCACCGCUCUUGAUGAACCAGCAGCCGGUACAAGCUCGCAGCCGGCGGACGCAGCCAAGCCGCUGGCAGAGAUGGGCCUCUCGGAGACGGCGCACAGCGUCACCUGGGCCAACUGCGCCAACCGGAUGCUGCUGGCUUCCAUGAACCUCAAGCACAUCAAGAUAUUUGAUCUCAGAGACCUAUCGAACAAGGCAGUGAGCAUGACAACCUCGCGGUACUUGUAUGGCGCGUGCAGCGACCCUUUCAACCCGUGGCAGGUCGCGUCUCGCGGCGACAACGUGGUGUGCGUGUGGGACGCGCGCAACUUCGAGCGGCCCAUCUUAACCCUACCUCAACCCCGCGCUGUGGUGAAACUGCAGUGGUGCCCGAGUAGAAGGAAUCUACUCAUGUCCAUGCAGAGAGAUUCAACGACAGUGAGGCUGCAUGAUAUCCAGCAGGCUAACAGUGACAACAAGAGUGCUCAGGUUGCUGAUACUACUACCGCGGUGGAAGCGGAGGCGGAGGCUGUGUCUCCGGGCUGCAGUGCGGUAGAGCGCGACGUGCAGCCCGGCGCCGGCGCAACCCUGGCCGCCGCAGCCUGGCACCCCGCGCAUGCGCAGCGGCUGCUGGCGCUCACACACACCGGCUCGCUGGUGGACUACACGGUGUGCGAGCGCGUGACGGUGUCGUGGGGCGGCGGCGGCGUGGUGUGGUCGGGCUGCGGCGCCGCCCUCAGGCACAUGCCCGACGACUUCUACGCUGCCUUGAAGGACAUCUCGUACAUCAUGAAGGGACGCGCGCAGACUGACUACGGGCUUAAGCCGGAUCUAUGGCAGAACGCUGACCUGGCUGACGACGAGGUAUUAAGUGGUCUGUGGCAUUUCUUAGCGCUGAGCAAGUCACUAGUUGAAGACGGCUGCAUCCGCAACAGCCCUUGGAAGCACCCAGGCGUGCGAACUGUGCUCCGGUCCCCGGGCGAAGGCGGCUACCGCUCCGAGAUGGUGCCCUCGCUGCUGCCGGACCUGCCGAACAGACGGGUCACUAUAUACAGGAGUGCAGAACGCACGCGCGCACUGCAGCUGUGCGGCUGGGGCUGGGGCUGGGAGAACGCGGGGGCGGGGGUGGAGCGCCUCGAGGCGGCCGGGACGCCGUGCCGCGCCGCCGCGCUGGCCGCCUUCCAUCUGCGCCUGCGCACUGCGCUCGACGUGCUGGCGCGGGCCCGCGAGCCGCAGCUGCGCGUGGUGGCGCUGGCGCUGGCGGGGCUGUCGGAGGAGCGGCUGUGGCGCGAGGCGGUGGCGGCGGCGGCGGCGGCGCUGCCCGACGCCUACCUGCGCGCGCUGCUGCACUUCCUGGCCGCGUCCGUGGCGGGCGCCGCGCCGCCGCACCAGGCGCCGCACCACUCGCCCGACCUCAGCGCCGUGCUCAACGAGACAGAGAUGCGGCUGGAGGACCGCGUGGCGUUUGCUUGCAUCUUCCUGUCAGACAGCAAGUUGCACGAGUACGUGCGGACGACCUGCGACACACUUGUGGAGCAGGGAGACCUGUCCGCCAUGCUGCUCACUGGUGCGAGUCCUGAAGGAAUCACGCUGCUGCAGCGCUGGGUGGAGCACACGGGUGAUGUGCAGACGGCGGCGCUGGUGGCCGCGCGCUGCUUCACGCCCGAGCUGCUCGCCGAGCCGCGCGUCGCGCACUGGCUCGACAGCUACCGCGGCAUCCUGGACAGCUGGCGGCUGUGGCGCGCCCGCUGCGCGCUGGACACGUGCGUGGUGGCGGGGCGCGGCAGCCGCGCGGCGCGCGCCGUGGCGGCGGGCUGCACGUACUGCGGCAAGGCCGUGGCCGCGCCGCCCGGCCCGCCGCGCCCGCGACACCCGCUGGCGCGCCUGCCGCCGCCCGCCGCCAAGAUGAAGCAAAUCUCGUCGUGCCCGAACUGCCGCAAGCCGCUGCCGCGCUGCGGCGUGUGCUCGCUGCACCUGGGCACGGGCGCGGGCGCGGGGGGCGCGGGCGGAGCGCCCGGGGCUCCCUUCGCGGCCUGGUUCUCCUGGUGCGUCGCGUGCCGGCACGGCGGCCACGCGCACCAUCUCAUCGAGUGGUUCCAGGAGCACACGGAGUGUCCGGUGAGUUCGUGCAACUGUCACUGCAGCACGCUCGACCCGCCCGACCGCGCCGACUGGGUGUAGCGCGACGCUGGGUGCCUGCCACGUGCCGCAGACGUGGCGGCCGAGGAGGGUAUGCCACUUGACACCUUUGACUACAACCAACACUAUGAUGCAUUUGACACAACAUAAAAGUCCUUUUAAAAUAUUUUUUUAGUCAUUGAACGUUAUGGACUAUUAUGUAUAAGAAUAAUAACUUAUUUGUUGCAAGUUUAGUGGAGGUCAUAUCGAAGCAAUUCAUCUAAAAAGACAACUUGACAUUUGCGCAUAUAAAAGUAAAUGCGCAAGGUCAACAAAUUUUCAAGAGCAAAUAGAAAUAUUACUUUUUUAGGUGAGUUGCUUCGCUGUAGCCCCGGGUGUGGUAAGUAAAGAAGUAGAUAAUAUAAUAUUAAGAACGAAAUUAAGUCUCCGAACAAAGUGUACGAACGAAAGUGCCUAGUAGACACCCACCCAAGCCAUCUAAACCCACAAAAGCCAUCUAAAGAGUUGCUACUCUUAAAAUGCCGCGUUGGAGCAAUUCAUCUAAAAACGAACACUGAUAUUUUGGUCGCCGUCGACUGGACUUUGUUUGCUUUCGAUAACUGAGAAUUUGUAACAUUGUAUUGAAAAUAAAAUGGACAGGGAAUACAGGAUGUGCACGGAUUACCUUUCUAUGACACUGCUAGCUAACGUAGAUAAACAGCACAGGCCAAUUCACAGCGGUGGCUCAACGCCUACGCGACCCUUUGAAUACGAUUGGGUGCGAAGAGCUACCAAAACUGUUUACAUCUGGAGCGAAUCUAGCGAGAUGCGACUUACACGCGGGGAGUUGCAGUUACAAAUGCGCGCGCUGCCGAGUAAAUUUUCAUACUGCGUUGGCAGUUAUAGAGUGGGGAUGACGCGAGGGUCGUUUGGCCAAUCAGCGGUUGUGACGUGCACAAGACAGGGGAAACGUUAAAUAAUACUAAUUUACGUACUAAAUCAACAGAUGGCGCCACCAAUAUUUGUUAACAUUGCUUCAUCAUUUUUUUUUUUUUUGGUUUGGUUUUCCCCGAAGGGUAAGGCAAAGGGAACUAUGCCCAUACAGCCAUGUCUGACGUAUUUUUUUUCUUGAUGAUUAAUGAAAUGGUGAAAGGCGAUGAAUGAUGAUGAUGAAACCUAAGCCCCCACCCUCGGAGUAGACUCCUACUCCGAACCCCAAACGAAUUAACUCAAAAGUCCGCAUAAACUUUUGAGCUAUGAAGCGGCUUCCUAGCACGAAGCGAAAAUAGGCAGAUACACUUUGUUUAUUGAAUACUCCAAUGUAAUAACACUCGCGAAUGUCUUCCGACUAACUUAAUGCGAUCAUUAACCACAAAACACCACUUCGUAUUAAUUAUUUAGAUUAUUCAAUGAAGAAAGCAACUGUCCCGUUCCCGUUUCCCGCUAAAAAGCCCAUUGCUUCAUCACUUACUUUUAUAGGCGUAGAUGUCAAAUUGUUUUUUAGAUGAAUUGCUUCAUUUUUAAACCUAUGUUGGUCCAUCAUUCAGUCGCGUAAUCAUGCAUUUACAUCUCUCGAGAGCCGAAUUCCAAGACUUAAUCUAGUCCAAACAUGUUCACUUGUUAUGUUACUUUCUUCUCAGAAUUUACUAGAUGUUAAUUUGUGCUAGAUAAAUAUAGGUUAUUUUACAAUAGACUUCCUUGAUAUUGAAUACAUGUAAUGGUAAUGUAUAAUAUAAACUUGUGGUAUAUACAGUUGACUCAGUUUUGUAGAUAAGUAAGGAGAACUAUUUUUGUAUAAUUGAAUAUUGUUAUUUAGUUAAAUGAUAAGUGACUUCUGUUUGACCCUUUUU